AUGAAGAUGAAUAGAAUGACCAAGACAGUACUCAUCGUUGUGACAAUCAUUACCCUACUGAUAACAUCAGAAGCAGCUAGGGGCGGCGGGGGUGGAGGUGGAGGAAGAGGUAGCAGUGGUGGGAGUAAAGGUCGUGGCACCCCAGCAAGAGGAGGUAGCCCUGGAAGUAGAGGUGGAGUUGGCGUUGGAGGCAGAGGUACUGUCCCGUAUGGAGCUGGAGCUCGUGGUGUUGUGCCGAUAGUAAGGGGUAAUCAUGGUGGAGGAAGUUCAGGUUGUGUCUCUCUUGCAAGGGAUGCUGCUUCCAUUUUGUUGCAUACUCUUCGACCACGUAAAUUGCAUGCCAACUUGAAUGAUAUGGCUUAUGUCAAAAUCAUACUAUUAAUUUUAGACAUCAAAAGAUCAUCCAAUCCAUUGAUUGAGUAG